AUGCGGCCCGAUAUGCUGAGGCUUAUCCGCGCCAUUCUCCAACACUCCGAAUGCUAUAACUUCAUGGAGAAGGCGCUGCUUAUAUUCCUACACGUCGUGCGAUUCUCCGAGGAUGCGAUUCCCCCCGAGUGCUGGGAGAUGCUCUCGCUGCUCUUUCAAAGCGUCGACUCCGGGGUCGGGGUGGAUUUUUUCGUCAACAUCGAGGAGGUUCUUGACAACCUGGUGUCCGGCGCGACCCUGGAGUUUUUGACCAACGGACCCAUCAUGGAAGCGACCUUUCUUGCCUGCCAAAAAAUGCUGAUCGGCGGCGUGGUCUGCGUGCCCGAGUGCAAGAUCGCCGCCGCGCAGAUGAUCGAGGCGUUAUUUCAUCAGGCGAAGGGAUGUACCGCGCACCCCGGCCUUCUCGACGCGCAUCUUCCCCAUUUUGUGGAUUUACUUCUGCAAUCUCUCGUGCACUCCGAUUUGCAGGAGACCCUCGACCCCCAAUUGCGGAUUUGGAUCGUCGCGGCGAUGAUGGAUUGUUUUUACUACAACCCGCGUCUGGCCUUCGAGGCGUUGGUGCGGGCAAACGCCCACGAGGCCUUUUUCCGCGGCUUUUUCUACCUCUUCCGGGGCUGUAUUCCCGAGCUUUCCCCUCUCGCCCCUUUUCAGGCCGCGAGAGGGACGAAGAAAGUCGCGAAGCCGCGAAAAGUCUACCCCGACGCGACCGAGGCCGCCGAGGUGGUCGAGCUGCUGUCAAUUCUCACGCGCAAAGUCCUCAUCCUCGGCUUGACGUCGUUGAUGGGGUUUGUGGGCGGCUAUGCGGGAGGGGGCGCCCCGCCGGAUGGGGAGGGGCUGGCCCUCGCCGCGCGGGUAUUUCUUGAGCAGCACCUCCUCAAGGCGGUGGGGCUUGCGCAGUAUUGUAUUUUUCGCAAUCAGGGGAUCUACACGAAGCGUUGUCAGGUCUCCGAGCGGAAUUUGCACGAUAUUCGCACCGGCGCCGACCCCAAGAAGGACGACGAUGUCGACGUCGACGACGACGACCUGCUCGAUCUCAACGCGGCCUCCGACGACGAUGAGGAUGAUGAAGGCGGAAUGGAUGACUUUCAGGCCAUCGAUGAUAACGACGAGGACGACGACGACGACGACGACGAUUUCGGCGUUUCGGUCGACGAGGGAGACGAUUAUGAGAGUCCGAUUGAUGAGAUCAACGAGGUUCAGUUUUUCUUGCAAUGGUUGGGGCACUUUUUACACCAAGACGUCGCCCUACGCGCGUCCGUCUUGCCGAUUUUGAAAGCCGAAAAUGAAUACACCAACGCGGAGCAGACCGCCCAGAGGUACCGACAAUUGUGUAAAGAGUUGGAUGCGGCGAUGCGCGAAGACAUUCAAAGGCGACAAAGACAGGCGGCUGGCUGA